ACAUUCAAACAGAAGAUAAAACCUGCGGGCUCUCUGGUGUCGCAUGGGAAAUAACACCAACCGGAUCGCAUUUUUUUUCCUCCAUUUUAUCCACUCUCACGUUGUGAAUUGUGCAAGUUGCAAGAGCUGAUCUUGAGCUGGGCAUGGCCUACUGAGACGAGACGUUGUGUGGGUGAACCUGUUCCUUGCUUCAAUUCAAUAAGAAAAAAAGUCAGUCGAUGUGCGUUUGUUUACGUGAAUCACAUGGAUUCGAGUUAGCCGAGAUAGUGCUCUCUCUCGUGCUUCAUUUGUUUCGUCAUUGAAGGCGCUGAUUAGUCGGUGAUAAUCUCUGAUCUGGCGCGGUUUUUUUUUUCUAGUGAUGAAAAAACGCCGGGACGUGUGAUUUGUUGUUUUUUGGUGCCUGGAAAUCAGUGAAAAUGGUUGGGAAGGUGGAUUAUUCUAGUGUACCCACCACCGUCGACCUAGAAAACAACACCAACCAAAAAAAGUACACCAUCAACCAACCCAACCACAAGGGCCUAGUGAUAUCCAGACCCCUUUGCGCCCUAAUGGCCGUGGGAGCUCUCCUCAUGGCUCUUCUAGCAGGCUUGGUGGUUUUCUUCCUGGUACCAAGGUACUGCGAUGGACAGACAGCCCCAGAAGCCAUCACCGAACCCAGGACCCCUAAGAACCUCGCCAUCAAUGGUGUGGUGGAUGGUGAGGUAGACGAAAGACUGCCUAGAAGCCUGGAGCCGACGCUGUACAGUAUUCGAAUUCGUCCAGAUUUCCAAAACUCCUCCACUUCUGGCACAAUAACAAUGGCGUUGCACGUAUUAGAAGAAACAGACGAAAUAAUAUUCCACGUCCGCAGCAUAACAAUAUCACCACAAUCAGUCGUCGUAAAAUCGAAAGAGCCAAAUUCUAGUCCAAUACCUGUCAAAGGACAGGAUUACUUGAAGGGUGAUCGGUAUCGCAUAAAGUUGGAAUCAAAAAUGGAGAAAAAGAAACUCUACGACCUCGAUCUGGAGUUUGAGGGGGAGUUGAACGGACAUUUACAAGGAUUCUACAAGAGUCGAUAUCACGAUCAAGCAGGCCACGAAAGGGUGAUUGCCAGUACCCAAUUUUCUCCGACAGAUGCCAGAAGAGCCUUUCCCUGUUUUGACGAGCCUUCAUUCAAGGCUAACUUCGCCAUUAGCCUAGCGAGGCCACGUGAUAUGACCACCUUAGCAAAUAUGCCGUUAGCAAAUUCUAGUAAAUUAGGAAAUAAUUCUGAUUGGUUCUGGGACAGUUACCCUCCAACCCCCAAAAUAUCCACUUAUUUGGUGGCUUUCAUGGUGUCAGAUUUGAAACCUGGUUCGUCUUCGGACGCAUCCAUAAAAGUUUGGUCCAGGCAAAGUCUCCUCUCUCAGACUUCUUAUGCUGCCCAACUCGCCCCCAAAAUCCUUCGCUACUUCGAAAGCUACUUUGAUAUUAAGUUUCCUUUGCCCAAAAUAGAUGUCGUGGCUGUGCCUGAGUUUGGUUUCAGCGCCAUGGAGAAUUGGGGACUGAUCACGUUCAGGGAAAGUAGUCUUCUUUUCGAUCCGAUAGAAUCGACCAAUGACGACAAACGAACAAUAGCGACCGUUUUGUCACACGAAAUCGCCCGUCAGUGGUUCGGCAAUUUGGUCACGCCCAAAUGGUGGGACGACUUGUGGUUGAAAGAAGGUUUCGCCACCUACAUGGAAUAUAAAGGGGUUGAUUAUGCCCAACCCACGUGGAGAAUCGAAGACGAAUUUCUACCGUGCGAAACCGAAAGAGCUAUGGCAGCUGACGCUCUAGCUUCGUCCAGGCCGAUUUCGUUCGAAGUGAAAAAUAGCCGUCAAAUCAGACAAACUUUUGACGACAUUUCAUAUGCGAAAGGGGCAUCUAUAAUAAGGAUGAUGAACCACUUUUUGGGCGAGGAAACGUUCAAGAAAGGGCUGAUAAAUUUCCUGAGAAAAUUCAAUAACAGCAACGCGGACAGAAACGAUUUGUUCGCAUCAUUGACCGAGGAAGCUCACAAAUCUGAAAUAUUGUUGAAAAACGAGACAGUCAAAGAUAUUAUGACAACGUGGACGGAAAGAGCAGGAUUUCCGGUGGUCCACUGCAUGGCGGAUUACGAAAAAAAUAAGCUGCAUAUAUUUCAGAGGCGCUUUUAUUUGACAGACAAAGAGGAGAAAUCUACAUGGUGGAUUCCGUUGUCUUUCACGGCAUUUUCGCCGAACGGAACGAAUUUUUCGAAUACCAAACCGCAAUUUUGGCUGAGAGGCGAAUACGAGAUCGAAGAGAGUGUCGAUUUGACGGAAUGGUAUCUCUUGAAUAUUGACAAAACAGGUUACUUCAUCGUCAACUAUGACGAGAAAAACUGGCUGAGCCUGGUCGAUCACGUGAUGGAUUUGCCGCCCUCCGUUAGGGCGCAGCUGAUCGCCGAUUCGACCGAAUUGGCGCGCGCCAAUCUGCUCAGCUAUCACGUGCCUUUGAAGCUGAUCGCCAAGAUGGCGGUGCUCGACGAGGGCAUCAUGUUCGUGCCGACGUGGGUGGCUUUGGAAAAGUUGAAGUUUCUAAGUGAUAUUUUGUCCGCCACGCCCGCUUUCGGCCUAUUCGAGGAGUACCAUCGAGCCAUUUUCAAGACCACCUACGAGAGGGUGACCUUCGAGGACCCGGUGGACGAUUACAUAACGAGGCGCAUCCGGUCGACCGUGCUGGAAUGGUCGUGUCGCAGCCCGGAUUCGAGGUGCGCCCACGAGUCCCGGACCCGUUUCAGGCAGUGGAUGAUCACGGGCGCCAAAAUAGCGCCAAAUCUUCGGGAGAUCGUUUAUUGUACGGCGAUCAGAGAGGGCGGUGAAAUCGAGUGGGAUUUCGCUUACAGGAAAUACUUGGAGGUGGAAACGCCGUCUGAGAAAAAUAUGCUUUUGGAUGCGUUGGGCUGCACCAGAUUGCGGUGGCUGUUAUCCAGAUAUUUGGGAAAAUUAACGAACGACACUAGUAUUCGUAUACAAGACGCCGAUAGAGUAUUCGAAUCUGUGGCAAGAAACAAAAUCGGCACGAAUAUCGCUUUUGACUUUCUGAGAAAGAAUUGGAACGAACUACUCAGCCACUAUGGUGAUGGAUUCAAUAUUGUGGCGAAAAUGAUCAAAUCUUUGGCAGCACAAAUGAGCACCGAAUUCCAACUGUCAGAGUUGAAGAGGUUUAGAGAUAACAUUAAGGAGAACAUCAGUACAACUUCCAGUGCUUUCGAUAAUGCCAUUGAAACUGUCAAAGCCAACGUGGAAUGGAUGGAGAAAAACUACCACCAGGUGGAGCAGUGGUUGCAAAAAUACAAGGAUCACUUCGAUUACAUCCAAUGAAGAGGUUCUAUUUUUAAAUCUACUUAUUUUUUUAUCAUUGUGAUCUAUAGCAGUAUAUGCAAUUGAAAAUUGCUUAGUUUUAAGUUGUAGCAGCCAUAAAUUAGAAGAUUCAGAACAGGGAGUUCAGGGUAAGUUAAUUCCCCAGUACUGAAACAUUGUAAUCCCCUGUUCAGAAAACUGAAAUUCAAAUAUUAAUAUUAGGAUAAUUCGAACGUAUUUAUUUGCUUAUGGAAUUGUAAAUAAAAAUAUAGUAUUUUCA